ACCUGGUUAGACAAGAAUGUUCCUGGGUGUGGACUGCCUUGUAUAAUUAACUGCACAGCUGGAGCUUCUGAUCCCUCCACGUCUGCUCCUUCCUUUCCUCCUUUCUUCCCCCCUGCAUCCACCUGGGCGCGAUCCGGGCGCGCUGCUCCUCCUCGGGAGCUGGGGCUGCGUCACUGGGCCAGGAAGGUUCCCUGGGCUCGGCAUUCCAGAGCCUUUCCCGGCUGAGAGCAGCACCAGGCAGAGCCUGCCUGCCUUGGAGGGGGCUGAGAGCAGAGAGCCAGCAGAGAAAGCCCUGACCCUGUCUAGGCCAUGGAAACGGGGAGCGCCGCCAGGACCAACGGCACCGCCAGCAAGCCCGAGGACGUGAAGAGCCCAAGUGCCCCCAAAAAAGAAGAGGAAGCCAAGAAGGCCACGAGCCCUGGCGGAGGCGAGAAAGAAGCUAUAAAAGGCACGGGCGGUGCUGCGUUGGAGACAGGGCAGAUCAAGAGCUCCCUCUUCUCUGGGAGUGACUGGAAGAGGCCCAUCAUUCAGUUUGUGGAGUCAUCCGACGAGAAGAGGUCAACCUACUUCAGCAUGGACUCGGCUGACUCCAAGAAGAUGCAGUUCGCCAGCGGCCAGAUCGGAGACAUGAGGAGACCAACCCUGAACUUCCCGGAGAAGGGCGACCUCAGGAAGUCCCUCUUCUCCUUGGAUUCCAAAAAGAGCUUCCUGCCUGCUGACGGGGAAGGGAGGAAGUCCCUGUUCUCUGCGGGGCAGGUGGGCGACCUGAAGAAAUCCUCGCUGCCUCUGGUGGAGACGGGGGACCUGAGAAGACCCUUCAACAAGGCCGAGCGAGCCGCGGGCUCGCGGCCCCGCGUGAAGCUGGAGGACGUUCUCUGCGACUCCUGCAUCGACAACAAGCAGAAGGCUGUGAAGUCCUGCCUGGUGUGCCAGGCCUCCUUUUGCGAGCUGCACCUCAAGCCCCACCUGGAGGGAGCGGCGUUCCGGGACCACCAGCUGCUGGACCCCAUCAGGGACUUCGAAGCCAGAAAAUGCCCCGUGCACGGCAAGACCAUGGAGCUGUUCUGCCAGACAGACCAGAUGUGCAUCUGCUACCUCUGCAUGUUCCAGGAGCACAAGAACCACAGCACGGUGACAGUGGAGAUCGAGAAGGCUGGCAAAGAGACCGAGCUGUCUCUGCAGAAGGAGCAGCUGCAGCUGAAGAUCAUCGAGGUGGAAGAUGAGGUGGACAAGUGGCAGAAGGAGAGGGACCGCAUCAAGAAUUACACCACCAACGAGAAAGCCACGGUGGACCAGCACUUCAAGGAGCUGAUCCGUGACCUGGAGAGGCAGAGGGAUGAGGUGAAGGCUGCCCUGGAUCAGAGGGAGAAGAUUGCCUCAGAGAACGUGAAGGAGAUCGUGGAUGAGCUGGAGGAGAGGGCGAAGCUGCUGCGGGAGGACAAGGAGAACAGGGAGCAGAUCCACCAGAUCAGUGACUCCGUGCUCUUCCUGCAGGAAUUUGGGGCUCUGAUGAGGAAUUACGUGCCCCCUCCAUCCCUCCCCACCUACAGCGUGCUGCUGGAAGGGGAGAGCAUGAGCCCAUCCAUGGGGCUGCUCAGGGAUGAUCUCCUCAACGUCUGCAUGAGGCACGUGGAGAAGAUCUGCAAGGCAGACCUGGGCCGCAACUUCAUCGAGAGGAACCACAUGGAGAACGGGGACCACCGGUUCAUGAUGAACAACUACGAGUGGAACCAGCCUGACAACCUGAAGAGAUUCUCCAUGUUCCUGUCUCCCAAAGCCAAUUUCAACCCACGGUCAUGGGAAUUUUCCUCCUUCCAAGCGACCGAGGAAACACUUGGUACGGUAGGCAAUGGCACUAAGCUGCCUUUUCAGUUCUCCUCGGUGGGACAGAAUCCGCCCGGUGACUUCAGCAAACAGUCUGACGGGAGCCUCUUCACCAAGACCGCCUACCCUUCCAUAGUGAGGCACCAGUCUGCCAAGGUGACGCCGCAGACGUGGAAAUCCUCCUCCAAGCAGUCUGUCUUGUCCCAUUAUCGCCCCUUCUACGUCAACAAAGGCAACGGAGCCACCUCCAACGAGGCGCCCUGAGCUGCUGCGGCUGAGAGGAGAGCUCCGCUGAGGAUUGUCACCCGUGUCCCUGCUCCUCCCGACCCUCCCGCUCCCCCAGGGCAGGGCAGGGAUGGUCCUGCCCUCAGCACGACAGGACUUCUCCCUCCUUGUCCCCUCCUUGUCCCCUCCUUGUCCCCCGCAGCUGCUCUGCCCCUCUGGGAAUUGCGGAUGCUUGGGUGGCACCCCCUGCUGGGCAGCUGUCCCCUUGUCCCCAGAGCUGGAAUUGUGUCACCCCUUGCUGGGCAGCUGUCCCCUUGUCCCCAGAGCUGGAAUUGUGUCACCCCUUGCUGGGCAGCUGUCCCCUUGUCCCCAGAGCUGUCACCCCUGCUAGGCAGCUGUCCCCUUGUCCCCAGAGCUGGGAAUUGUGUCACCCCCUCCUGGGCAGCUGUCCCCUUGUCCCCAGAGCUGUCAAACCCUGCUGGAUGCCCCAAAGCUCUUCCCAGGCUCCAGAUUCCCUCUCCACCCUGGGGACACCCAGCUCCUGCUUGUGUCACAUCCCCUGGUGGCAUCUCAUGUCCCUAAGGUCCUCCAAGCCCAGCCCUGCUCUUCACCUCCCAAAAACCUCAGCAGGAUUUUCCCAGAGCUGGAGAAUGUGUCACCCCCUGCUGGGCAGCUGUCCCCUUGUCCCCAGACCUCUUAAACCCUACUGGAUGUCCCAAAGCUCUUCCCAGGCUCCAAAUUUUCCUCUCCAUCCUGGUGUCACAUCCCCUGGUGGCAUCAGCGUCUUCCAUCAGCUCUGAGCUCUGCUCCUCACCUGCCCAAAAAACCUCAGAUGGAUUUUUCUAGAGCUGGAAUUGUGUCACCCCUGCUAGGCAGCUGUCCCCUUGUCCCCAGAACUGGAAUUGUGUCACCCCCUGCUAGGCAGCUGUCCCCUUGUCCC